AUGUCUUCGCAAAACUCCAAAAGCUCCGACGCCAUCCGGCAAGGCGUUCCUCGUAUGCCUUCCUACCCCGAUUCCGCCCACCGAAACGAGAAUGAUAGACUCGAGCUGCCCAAGCGAGCGCAUACAUUCCACAAUGGAUCAAUCCCCAAAGUACAGCCUGAUUAUGAUGCUCCCGAUGCGUUCGAUACUGCAGAGCAUAGUGAAAAUGACGAUGUUACCGAGACCGCACGAGCGUCUGUCGAGCUCGACGAGUUGCCAAUCGAGCUAAUAACUCUUACGGACAGCUUCAUCGAGUCACUAAGCGCCAAGGUCCACUCUACGCCUCCAAACAUUGAAAAAUUGUCAAGGUUAUUCCAGGACUUCUAUGCCCUAGCAUCAUCGCAUAUCGCCACACAUAUCAGUGCUCUUGCUACAAAGCAAAGUCGUGAUAUCUCGCCUGCUCCAUCAGGAUCAUCCAUCUCGUCUGCUGCGACCCGCCUCCGGUCCAAAGCAGCUUCCCUGGGCGCCAAGGAUAAGCCCAAGGUGGAAACAGAACGUCAGAUGAUUACAGCUGAAGAGCUUGCGAAUCGAAAAAGGGCAAGAAAAGUACUAGAGGCAAAGCGAGGCACGCUGGAGGAGGCUGUUGAGCGAAGGCUAUGUGAGGGCAUCUAUGACAAAAUCUACCGUCACCGAACUACACAUGACGAGGCUCAAGACGAGAAGCUCCGCUCAAAAACGGCCGCUCUGGCCCUUGUUGGAAUUACCCCUGUUGAUUUGGGCGUAGACUAUGGCGAGGAAGCGGCACAGAGUCCUGAGGUGGCUGCCAAGGUGACUGAGCAAAUGAGACAUUCCUUGGGGGAGGCACGAGCGGAUAUGGUUCGAAUGAGCGAGGCUAGAUAUCCUCUGGCCAAAACAAAUCACUUGAAAGCUGCUCACAAGAGCAUAGUCGACACACUGGCUGAAGUGCACCCGUCCGCGUCAGCCGACGAAAUCAUGCCCAUGCUAAUAUACACCCUCAUCACCCUGCCGCCAGAGAAUCUUCACAUCAUUAGCGACCUUCAUUUUAUCCAGUACUUCCGCUGGGAGCAAAAACUGACUGGUGAAGCUGCGUACUGUCUAACGAAUCUUGAAGCAGCCAUCAGUUUUCUUCAGACAGUGGACCUGUCUACUCUGCGAGAAGAUGAGCUCCCAUCUGGGCCUGUAAAGCCAGACAGUCACGUUGGCACUCCCAAGACUGAAACCUUCCCACCUGCAUACGGAAUCACUGCACCUUCUCAGAGUGCCACCGAGGCUAGCACUGACAAUGUUACGGCCUCGAAACCCGCGCCUUCUCCCUCAGGUCUCAAGGCUGCCAACGUUUUACGCAACAGAAGACUCAGUGAUCUUGUCAAUACCCCAGCACAGGCAUUUGGCGCGGCAAGCGGUGCCGUGUUCAACACAGCGGACCAAGGACUCAAGACCAUUUCCAACAGCCUAGGUGAUAGUUAUUCGUUUCUCCUAGGCAAGUUGCGAGAACGCCAGGAGAGCCCCAAAGAGUCUAUCGUCGUUCCUCGCACCCUGGACGAUGCCCGUAAACUCGUCAGCACUCCACCUCCCGAUGAGGAUGACAACGCCAGCGCUACCAGUUCUGCCGCAGGUGGCUCCGAAGACACAGAACAGCCCAAACGACCAUCCGCGCGCGAAGACCGUGUCCUCAGUCUCAUCAGCGGUCGCCGGGACGCCAGUGUGGAUAGUGUCAGAAGCGGCCAUUCAUCUACCAAAAAGGUUGGCUUCUCGGAGGACUCCAAGGCGUCAAGCACACCCACAUCAGCAACACCAACAGCCCCCGCUAUGCUGGAUUCGGUCCGUAACUUGGGCAGUUCGUUCAAUCCCAUCGGUCGACUCUCCAGCAUAGGCAUGAUUCGCGGUUUCGGCCGUAACACGCCCUCUGCCAAGGGCUCCACAGACAGCGGUGAAUUGGCAACUGCCUCUCCGGAGAUUGCAGCUGCACUUCCACCCAAGCAAAUCACCGUUCCUAGAAUUCCUCCCCCCAACAAACGCUUUAUGGAGAUCCAAGGUCCUGGGGAGCUUAGACUCGGCGAAGUCCGGGAACUACUUAAAGACUAUAGACGAUUAGCUGGUGCUUUAAAGAAUAUAGGCGCUUUUGAUGAGAAAUAG